AUGUUUCUUGGAAUCCAGGAAAAUGAUGCGCCGAUCGACGCCGAAAGCGAGACGGAAAAUAAUAACGUGGAGAAUACAAAAGAGGUGAUUUAUAAUUUUCUGCAGAAAGAGCUUAGCUUGGAGAAUGCCGUAAGUAGAUUCGAAUUUCAGCGGAUCCAUCGAGUGGGGAAAAGAGCAGGUAAGAAGCCCCGUCCUAUUAUUGCAAGAUUUCUCCGAUAUUCCGAUCGGGAAGAAGUCCUACUACGUGCAAAGACUUCGCUCAAAGGGAAAGAUUAUGGUGUUUUUGAGGACAUGCCGAAGGAACUUUAUCAAGAAGAAAGAAGAAAGAAAGGCCCAAAUGAAGAAGCUUCAAAACGCAAAACAAAAUGGCAACACAGCCUAUUUCAGCAGAAAGUAUCCGGACAAAUUAUUCAGUGA